AUGAAUGAAAAAACUCUGAAGAUUGGAUUCAUUGGGGCUGGAGCGAUUCACUUUGGUAGACCGGAAGUACCAUGGGAUCAUGCGUCACGCCUAGAGAAGAUUGGUGGACUAGAGGUGAUAGGAAUCGUUGACCCUGACACCUGUCGGAGUGAAAAGGUUCUAAAUGAACGACUCGCCUCUCUUGACCACGAACACAUGUAUGCAAACUGCCGACUACUAACCGACUACAAGGAGUUACUGGGAAUGAAACCGGAUGUGGCCUUCAUCGGGAUUCCUCCAGCACAUAGAGGGUCUCCUAUAGAAGGAAAGAACGUAGAACUGGAGUUUGUUCAGGCUGGAAUACAUGUUUUUGUUGAAAAGCCGCUUUCAAUCGUGCCACCAGAAGAAUUCUUUGCUUACGCAUAUUCAGUUUCAGAAACAUGUCGGAUCAACAACGUUGUGCUGUCAGUUGGUUAUAUGUUCAGGUACCAUGCUGCCGUUCUGAAGAUGAAGGAGUUAAUUCAAAACCAUGGUGGGAAGGUUAUGGCUUUCAAUGCGCGCUAUUACUUUGCUUACACACAGGAAACAAACAAACAAUGGUUCAACACUGACUUCUUCGGGGGACCAAUCGUAGAACAGGCCACCCACUUCUGUGACCUGGCCCGGUACAUAGUCGGGGAUAUAGAUAUGACGUCACUGCACACUAUUAUGCUAAACGAUUCUGAUAAGGGUGGAGCCGGUAAGCUGAACAACCUAGUUAGCCAGGCAGAAGACGACAUUCCGUCCAACAAGAGGAUCCCUAGAGUCACACUCAGUCACUGGAGAUUCCAGGACGGUGGCCUUGGCACUUUGAUGCACUCUGUUACGUUACCAGGAAGUCGUUACCAAGCAACCAUUGACGUUCAGUUGGACGGUCUCCAGCUCUCUCUCAUUGAUCCUUAUGAGAGUACCAGUGUACUCCGAGUCCGAAACUUAAAGGGUGGAAAUCCCAACCAAGACCAAGAUUUCGUUUUCGAAAACGACGACACGUAUCUGAACGAAUUGGACACAUUUAUCAAAGCUGUUCGUCAGAGGAAUCAAUCCCUAAUCAAGAGUUCGUAUGAAGACGCCAUGAAAACGUACGAAUUGACCUGGGCGAUACGGCGACAAGGCGAAGUCAAGAUAUAA